AUGUACGACUGGGUGCAUCACACCAAUCUAUGGGUGGCUCGGAGCCCCAUCGGGCGUUGGUUCCUUCUCGAAAACUCUGGUCACCCUCGCGAGCGCAAAGGCAGCUUCUUCUUCACGGAGAUCCGCGCUGGUCUGGCCACCUUUUUCGCCAUGGCCUACAUUAUCAGCGUCAACGCCACCAUCACCUCCGAUUCAGGUGGCACCUGUAUUUGUCCUCCCGAAAACCAGGCCGACCUUUGCAAUUCCAACACUGCAUACAUGCUAUGCGUGCAGGAGGUCAACCGCGACAUCGUGACCGCCACCGCCGCCAUAGCCGCCCUGGGGACCUUCUUUAUGGGCCUACUAGCCAAUCUGCCCGUCGCCUUGGCUCCGGGCAUGGGACUGAACGCCUACUUCGCUUACACCGUAGUCGGCUACCAUGGCUCUGGCAUGAUUCCCUAUAGCGUUGCCUUAACUGCCGUCUUCGUCGAGGGUUUUGUGUUCCUGGGUUUGACCCUGUUGGGAAUUCGGCAGUGGCUGGCCCGCGCCCUACCUGCGUCCAUCAAGCUGGCCACGGGCACAGGCAUCGGGCUAUAUCUGACGCUAAUCGGGCUGAGCUACAGCGCAGGGAUUGGACUGGUGACGGGAGCGGUUGAUACGCCGAUGGAGCUAGCUGGGUGCGCGUCCAUUUUACGGGAUCCCACGACGGGGCUGUGUCCAGCCAGUGCAAAGAUGCGCAAUCCGACCAUGUGGAUCGGCAUCUUCUGUGGUGGUGUACUGACCGCAUGUCUGAUGCUGUAUCGAAUCAAAGGCGCUAUCAUCAUUGGCAUUCUGCUGGUGUCGAUCAUUUCAUGGCCGCGGACCACGUCAGUGACCUACUUCCCGUAUACGGAGCUAGGUGACAGCAUGUUCGACUUCUUUAAGAAGGUGGUAACUUUCCAUCCGAUCACCCACACUUUGGUUGCACAGGAUUGGGGUAUCGCAGAACACGGGAGCCAGUUCGGCCUUGCCUUUAUCACGUUCCUGUACGUCGAUAUCCUUGAUACGACUGGCACGUUAUACUCUAUGGCACGCUUCGCUGGAGCGAUUGAUGAACGCACGCAGGACUUUGAGGGGAGCGCACUAGCUUAUAUGGUCGAUGCUAUCUGCAUCUCGAUUGGCUCCCUUUUCGGCACGCCCCCGAUAACCGCCUUUAUCGAGAGCGGCGCUGGAAUCUCUGAAGGUGGGAAGACUGGCCUUACAUCCUGUGUAACAGGUCUCUGCUUCUUCAUCGCAGUAUUCUUCGCCCCUAUCUUCGCGUCCAUUCCGCCAUGGGCGACCGGCUGCACGCUGGUGAUAGUGGGGUCACUGAUGUGCGAGGCGGCCACCAAAAUCAACUGGCGCUACUACGGUGAUGCUAUCCCGGCAUUCCUGACGAUCUCCAUCAUGCCCUUCACGUACAGUAUCGCGUAUGGGCUAAUAGCAGGCAUCCUGAGCUACAUUGUGCUGAACGGGACGGUAUGGGUGAUCGAAAAAAUCACGGGUGGGCGUAUUGUGCCACCUAACAAGGACGAAAAAGAACCGUGGACGUGGCGCAUCUCUGGGGGAUUAUUUCCGCCUUGGGUGUGCCGACUGGCUAGGGGGAAGAAGGAUUUCUGGCGACCAGAGGACGAGGACGUGGUUCAUCUGGGCAUUGGAAUACCGGGGGUUUUGGAAUCUCAGGAGCGGAUGGAGAAGAGGGAGACGGUGUAG